AUGCCCCGCGGCUUCCUGGUGAAGAGGAGCCGCCGAGCGACGCCCCUCUCGUACCGCGCGCGGCCCUGCUGCUGCCCGCCGCUGCCCCCGCCCGCCUGCUGCGCGCCGCCCCCCGGCAAGCCCCGACGGCCCCGACGCCGCCCGCCGCUCCUGCCGCCGCCGCCGCCGCCCGCCGGGGACCUCCAGCUCUGGGCCGCCAGCCGCAGCCCCCCCAAGCGCGCCCCGCCCGCCGCCGGCACCAGCAGCAGCCGCAAGGCCAAGACGGCGGCCGCCCGCAAGCUCCACUUCGACGAUGAGGUGACCACGUCGCCCGUGCUGGGCCUGCGCAUCAAGGAGGGCUCCCCGCCGCCCCCCGCCGCCCCCGCCGCCGCCGCCGCCGCCCCGCUGGGCGAGUUCAUCUGCCAGCUGUGCAAGGAGCGCUACCCGGACCCGCUGGGCCUGGCCCAGCACAAGUGCUCCCGCAUCGUCCGCGUCGAGUACCGCUGCCCCGAGUGCGACAAGCUCUUCAGCUGCCCCGCCAACCUCGCCUCGCACCGCCGCUGGCACAAGCCCCGGCCCGCCGCCGCCGCCCCGCCGCCCCCCGCCGCCCCCGAGCGCGACUCGCCCAGCCCCGGCCCCGGAGAGCCGCCCCCCGACGAGCUCGCCUGCCCCAGCUGCGCCAAGCGCUUCCGACGCCCCAGCGCCCUGCGCAAGCACCUGCCCGUCCACCAGCAGCAGCCCGAGGCGCCCCCCGGCGAGGCCGACGAAGCGGGCGGCGACGGGGGCCACCCGUGCCCGGUGUGCGGCGAGCCCUUCCCCAGCAAGAGCGGCCAGGAGCGCCACCUCCGCCUGCUGCACGCCGCGCACGCCUUCCCCUGCAAGCACUGCCCCGCCGCCUUCUACAGCUCGCCCGGCCUCACCCGCCACAUCAACAAGUGCCACCCGUCGGAGAACAGGCAGGUCAUCCUGCUGCAGCUGCCCCUCCGCCCCGCCUGCUAGGCGCCGUGCCUUCC